CUGAGGGAGGAAGUUCCUAAAGAUGGCGGACAAGGAUCAAGAUAACCGUAUUUUUGUGGGAGGUUUAUCGUAUGACGUCACCGAGCGGCAGCUCGAAAAUGCUUUCAGCCGUUUCGGCAAAAUUGUCGAAUGCCAGCCGUUUUACUCAGGACUGGAUGAAUUUGUUGCUGUCCAUCGUGACUGCUACUUUGUUCCAAUGAGGCUAUUUUUGACAUCUUCCGAGAAAAACAAUAGGUUUGGCCGUCUAAAAGUGCACAUUGGAUUGCCUUUAAGAGUGGUAGCUGUGAACUGUAUGCCCUUGCUGCCAAUAUUUUGUGAUCUAUUUCUGUGGGAUCCUGCUAGGGAUGCGCUCAUGAUGAUUUAGUGGCCAGGUUCCUCAUGUAGCCCAAUUCUUGAAUCGUCUUACACUUGUAUAAACGCAGUGGAUUUGACCACAUUUGGUAAUGUCUACAGAUUUUGUGGAUUAAAAUUAAAUCACCCUCUUUGAGUGCAGCACAUUUGGUCAUCUGCUGUUUGAGAAAAGAAUGGGGUUUUUGAGCAUGAACUUGAUCAUGCUUAGUGCCUGUCAUGUGCUUCUUCAUUCCUCAGUGUCCAAACUUUUAAGUUGAUAUUUCUCUUAUUAACCUGCCUGAAGUCUUCGUAAUCUGGCACAGCAGUGUCUGGGAACAUCACUUAAAAUAAGCUGCAAGAGUUACAGAUGGUUACUGUUAUGGUAGAAGCCACAAGAAGAAAGCUGCAUCUGCUUUGCUAUUAAGUUUUAUAGGAAGUUGUGGUUAUCCCAUGAAUGAGUUUCAAAAAGGUUCAAAUACCAGAUUUGGCCCAAGGUCUUCUGGAGAAUGCUGUCGGUGCUUGGCGGGGAAUAUUUUAUGCCUUUCAUCAGACUUCAGAAAGUCUUUUAUUGUUUUCUUCCUGUGAUUGAGAUUGAUGCCUCCAUUAGUAUUUGUUUUGUAAGUCAGUCCAUCUUCAAUAGUCUUUUAGAACUCAGAGCUUAGUGUCCUGAUUAACCGGGGGAAUCUGAUCAUUGCAUCUUCUAUGUGAAAGUGAAAUUCCAAAGAAUUUGGUUUUUAUUUGAAACAAAGAUCAGCUGAGGUCAGUGAACAUUCAGUUGGCGGAGGCAAUUAUAGUCUUAGAAAUAUCCUGUUUAGUUGUUGUCCGUAUUUAGGCUAAUGUAGUUCAUAAUUGGGUCUAGCAGGCCUUUGUAGCUGGUGAGAAAAAUCAAGCUUCUGGAAAUUCCCCUGCUUCAUGCUGCAGAGUACCUUUGACUCUCAAUGUUGACCGGGUGUUCUGUAUUAAGCCUAUUGUUUACUGUUGAACAGAGCGGUUGUAUGAUGUAAAAGAAAAUGUUUUGUGUGAAAAGGUUGCUUGGUCGCCCACUUGCUCUGUUUUCGAGUUCUUGUUUUUCGCGGAGAUGCAGAGCCAAUAUUCUAGAAAAGUCUGGACAAAUUCCAGUGACUUUUAGGUUGAUGUGAUGGCAAUAUUUGUAUGAAGAGAAAUUCUUCAUGAAAGUGAAGACCACAAUUUGGAAUGUCCUUCUUGCUGGAUGUUAUCACUAAAUAUCCAUUUAGAGAGGAUAUAUGUUUAAGAAGCUUUUUCCGCUAAUCCAGCCUGUCUCUGAUAAUAUUAUUCUGUGCCCAUGUUUCCGCGUAUAAUUGGAGUAAAUUGUCAGAAAAUGGUCUCAUUCUGGUUGAGUUCUAGCACUUUAUCUCUACUCACAUUAAAUACUGGAUUUAGUAACAAAACCAUAAUUUCUGGCACAAUUGUCUUCAUGUGGAUGUACCAUUGGCGGAUCCAUGAAUUUGUUGCUUUUGAAUGUGGCAAGACCUUUGAAGGUGGAAUUUGAUAUGAAAAGAUUUACAACAAUAUUAAGCUCUUGCUGUGGCUGCAAGGUCAAGCUUUUAACAGUUGGUGGAUACUUUCCUGUUAUGUUAUUGCUGGAAAUGCAAUGGUUUACAGCCAUGAACGGAAGUAUAAUGAGUACAAUACGGUUAUUAUAAGAGAGAUCAAGUGGUCAUCUAAUAGAUUAUAUUCUGAUUGAGAACCCAUCCUUGUUUGGUUGCAUGAUUUUUCUGUUAUCGGUCUUUGUUCUGCGGAAGGCCUGAGUAAAAACUAAUAUCAGACGAUGAUUCUACAAUUCCACAGAGCUACUCAUGUUAUGCUGGAAAGAGAUACAGGCCGUCCUCGUGGAUUUGGCUUUCUGACCUUUGCUGAUCGACGGGCAAUGGAGGAUGCAAUCAGGGAUAUGCAUGGUAGAGAGUUUGGAGAGCGAGUCAUCUCAGUUAACAAGGCCCAACCGAAAAUGGGAGGUGAUGAUCCAGGACAUGGCUAUGGAGGUUAUUCAUCAGGUGGAAGAGGGGGCUACGGUGGAGAUAGAUCAGCACGGCAGGAUGAUUGCUUCAAAUGCGGCCGACCAGGACACUGGGCCCGAGAUUGUCCAUCAGCAGGUGCUGGUCGAGGUGCUCGUCCAUUCUCGCCUCCACGUGCUAGGUAUGCCGGAACUGGUGGCCGUGGGGAUCGCCAUGCAGAUUAUCGUGACAGAUAUGUGGAUGACAGAUAUGACAGAGGUCGUUAUGGUGAUAGAGAUCGUUAUGACAUCAGAGAUGAUCGAUAUGGAAGCCGUGAUCGAUAUGUGACUGACAGGUACCCCCCAGCUGGAGACCGCUUUCCCGCGGAUAGGUAUGGGGCACCUGAUCGUUACCCUCAGAAUGUAUACGGCAAAGACAGGGCUUAUGAUAGAGAUGCGGGACCCCGAGGUAGCAGUGACAGAUAUGGAGGUGCUGCAGGUAUGGGGCCCCCUCGAUAUGAGGGAAGAAGCUACAGGGACAGGCCCGGUCCCUAUGACCGCCCUAGGAGGGGAGGGCGACCCCCUUCCUUGGAACGCUACUGAAAGGUCUUGCGAAGUUUCUUCUGUUUAACAAGAUCAUUUAGACAUUCUGACAUGAAUUCAGUUUUAAGCUACCUUGCUUUAGCAUUGUACCCUUGUUAUCAAUUAGAAUUGGCGGAUGAAGUAGCCUGUUAUUUGCUUUCAUCAUAAACUAUCAUGGUUUACAGUUAUAUUUAUGUGUAUGGUGGCAGUUUGUGUCUGGAUGCGAAUUACACUCCAUUUCACUUGCCUGGACUGUUGGUAUUGAGUAGAUUGUAAACUUCA